UCAGGCGCGUCCAGGUAGCCCUGUGGCAGCAGGCGGGAGGUUGUUGUGGGCGCCGCCAUAGCCGCGUUGCUGGUUGUGCUGGUGGAGAGGCGCAGGUGGCUGAGCCAGUGCUGCCCUGUGAGCUCCCUCCCCGCAGGAGCCUCUGCAGGACCCCUGACUCAUCAGAAGCUGGGAAGGGUGUAGCCCUGCAGCCUGCUACAUGCUUCCCAGGCUGGAGAACACCAACACACCUUCAGUGUUGGUGUCAUUUGAAGAUGUGGCUGUGGACUUUACCCGGGAAGAAUGGCAGACAAUGGACAGUACUCAGAGGACCCUGUACAGGGAGGUGAUGCUUGAGACCUAUAACAAUCUGCUGUCCUUGGGGUACUGCAUGACAAAGCCUGAUGUGAUCUUCAAGUUGGAGCAAGAAUCAGCACCAUGGACAGUGGAGAACUCUGUCAAGCAGAGACUUCCAGAUCCCCAUAGAAAGAAUGAGCUGCUUGGAGCUAAUCAGAAAGGUCAAGAAAUAAUCUUCAGGAAGCCUGAUGAAAUACCAUUUGAGAAGAAGCAUGCCUCUAAUGUCCCUGAGAACAACCUCGAGAGUGAGGAAAUUCUUAGUCAGUUUGACAAGAUUCAGAUUUGUUUACCACAAAGAACCAUGUAA